GCACUAGCUUUUCAAGCCUCGCGCCCACCAUCUCUCAACGCAACUGCUCGCGCCAUUUCUGCGGCACCUGAAAUCCCUAAAUCCUUUCGCCUUCUCUCCCUAUUGACUCGCAGCUUCUAUUUCUCUUGCAUUCAACUCGAUGAUGACCGCUUUCCGUGUUUUUGAGUUUUUGAGCUGAAUCAUGGUUGUGAAGUCGCGAGUUCUCCGCUCUGCUACUAAUGGAGAGCUGCAUUCUUCAGUAACUCCCGAAGAGAAGCCGAAGCGUGCUAAAGUAGCUACGCGUGGGCGGAAGAAUGUUAAAGCUGCCGCAGUGAAGGGAGAUGCAGAGGAGCCAUCUCCUUCUCCUCAGAGGAGGACGAGUGCUCGAAUCCAGAUAAAACAGCUGGCUGACAAGGAGCUCCUAGUGCGUCAAAGAGUAGAGAUCCUUGAUGAAACCGACAGUCCGAGCAAAAGGAAGAAGAAGAACGGUCCGGUAAGAAGUAAGCGUAACACUAAAUCUAAAGAUAAGGCCGUGGAAGAUAAGGCUGUUGCUGUUCCGGUAUCCAACGAUGUCACUAAAUCUAAAGACGGUGGAGCGAGCGAGCCAAUGGAAGUGUGUGCGCUUGAAAAGAGUACAACUGCUGACGAAGGUGGUCCGGCCAAUGUGGUUGAGAAGAGUGACCAUGCCAAGGUUAAGGAGACUCUUAGGUUGUUCAACAAGUACUAUCUUCAUUUUGUACAGGAAGAGGAACAAAGGUGCAAAAAAGCUGAAGUAGCUCAAAAAGUUUCCAAAGGGUCAAAAUCUAAGAAGGCGGCUCCUGAAGAAGACACAAAAAGCAAACGCAAGCGGCCAGAUUUGAAGGCAAUCACAAAGAUGAUGGAGGCAAAUGAAAUUUUGAAUCCUGAGAAAAGAAUUGGCGACAUUCCAGGCAUCAGUAUUGGGCACCGGUUCUAUUCAAGGGCUGAAAUGGUAGCUGUUGGGUUUCACAGUCACUGGCUGAAUGGAAUUGAUUAUAUGGGGAUGUCAUACAGCAAAAUGUAUAGUAAUUACUCUUUCCCAGUUGCGGUGUCCAUAGUUUUGUCGGGCAUGUAUGAGGAUGACUUGGAUAAUGCUGAGGACGUCGUUUACACUGGUCAAGGUGGGCAAGAUUUAACUGGCAAUAAACGUCAGAUCCGGGAUCAAGUAAUGGAACGUGGUAAUUUGGCUCUGAAGAACUGUAUCGAGCAAGCUGUCCCAGUUAGAGUGCUCCGGGGGCAUGAAUCUGCGAGUAGUUACUGUGGGAAACUUUACACAUAUGAUGGCUUGUACAAGGUUAUACAGUAUUGGGCAGAAAAAGGUAUUUCUGGGUUUACUGUGUUUAAAUUUCGUCUUAGGCGGAUUGAAGGACAGUCAUUGUUGACGACGAACCAGGUUCAAUUUGUUUAUGGUCGAGUUCCCAAGUCAGUUUCAGAAAUACGUGGGUUGGUGUGUGAGGAUAUCACUGGGAGUCAGGAGGAUAUUCCGAUUCCAGCUACCAAUUUGGUUGACGAUCCACCGGUUGCACCCACAGGUUUCACUUAUUGUAAAUCUAUUAAAGUUGGACACGGUGUGAAACUUCCUUCAAAUGCUAAUGGAUGUGACUGUAGUGGAUCAUGCAUAUCUUCGAGGACUUGUUCAUGUGCUAAGCUUAAUGGAUUAGACUUCCCAUAUGUGCAUCGUGAUGGUGGAAGACUUAUAGAAGCCAAGGAUGUAGUUUACGAAUGCGGUCCCAAUUGUGGUUGUGGUCCUGGUUGUGUGAAUCGAACUUCACAGAGGGGUAUCAAAUAUCGUCUUGAGGUUUUUCGAACACCAAAGAAAGGAUGGGCUGUAAGGUCAUGGGAUUUUAUACCUUCUGGUGCACCUGUUUGUGAAUACACAGGAAUACUUUCAAGGACAGAUGAUCUUGAUCACGUAUCUGAGAAUAAUUAUAUCUUCGACAUCGAUUGCUUGCAAACAAUUAGAGGCUUCGGUGGACGAAUGAGGCGUUCAAGAGAUGCAUCUUUACCAGCAAACAAUUCUGUUGAUGGAAUAGAUGAUCAAAGAUCUGAAAGUGUGCCAGAGUUCUGCGUUGAUGCUUGUUCCACUGGAAAUAUUGCAAGGUUUAUCAAUCAUAGUUGUGAACCGAAUCUUUUUGUCCAAUGUGUAUUGAGCUCACACCAUGACAUCAAGCUUGCUCGAGUGGUAUUAUUUGCCGCAGAAAACAUACCACCCCUCCAGGAACUGACUUACGACUAUGGCUAUGCACUUGAUAGCGUGUAUGGUUCAGAUGGGAAGAUAAAACAGAUGCCUUGCUUCUGUGGUGCAACCGAGUGUAGGAAACGCCUGUUUUAGUCUAUAGGACGGCCUUCAACGUCAUCACCACUGUAACCUCCCUAUCCUUUUUUGUUUGUUUGUUCUUAAAAUCUUUUGCCUCAAGAAUCAAUCUUUUCAGUUUCUUCUCAUCCCCAAUUCCAUCAUCAAACUCACAUCACCUUGUUCAUAUCUGCUCUCCCAUUUCUAGGUACAUCUAUACGUCCACAUCGACCCGCCCCUCAAAACUAUAUUUUGAUUUUACUCGUCGAGAAAAGUUGUACAUACAUUUUUUAAGGUGAAAUUAGUGAAGUUGAAAUACGUCACACCAAUCUGUCUUGGAUGUUUCUAAUAUAAUGUUUAUCGAACUUCAUGGUUAA